AUGCGUUGGAUCGGCUCGCUCUUUUUACACCUUCCUCAAGCUGUCAAGGAGGACUACUAUUCUGAUGCAUACCGCUGCAUAUGUGACCCAACUACACCACGAAAUGGAUAUCUUGCCCAAUCUAUGCUGCUACUAGUCAUUGGUCUCGACGGCACGUGCAGCAGAGACGAAGCUGUGCGGCUGCUUCGACGGCUGGAAGAGCUUGCUAUAGAGAUUAACCUCAACCAUUGCAGCUUUGCCACGACACAUGGUAAAGGACUGGCCGUUGUAGAGGAGAGCUGGCGCAGGACGUGGUGGGAGCUGUACGUUGUGGACGGCAUGAUUGCAGGCGUGCAUCGUGUGACCAACUUCGCCCUCUACAAUGCAGAAGCCGAUGUGCGAUUGCCAUGUGAGGAGAAUGAGUACCUGUCAGGGUAUUCCUUUGCCAUCGUCUUUGGUUGA